GGCCAACAUGUCAGCUGCUGCACCAAACUGGAGUCGUAUCUCCUCGGCCCUCGGCCUGGGAAAGAACACCACUGCUUCUUUGCAAUCUUUUAGAAAGAGAAGCGAGGAUGCUCGUAGAGCCUUGACGGCCCUUCAGGCUCAAAGCACCGAUGUCGACAUUGCUCACUAUAGGAGCACUCUCAAGAACCAAGAUGUAGUAGCACAGGCAGAGAAGAUUCUCAAGGAGUUCAAGCCGGUCAGCUAUGAUGUCGGAGCUCAACUCAAAUCUAUCGAUGCUUUCGAGGCCAAAGCUGUGGAGCAAGCCCAAGCGACGGCUUCCAAGAUCGAGUCGGAGCUGAAGGACCUGAAGGCUACGCUCAAAAACAUCGAGGACGCUCGUCCCUUUGAUCAGCUCACCGUCGGGGAAGUCAUUGCUGCGCGUCCCGAGAUCGGCAAGACGGUGGAGGAGAUGGUCAAGAAGGGCAAGUGGACUGUGCCCGGCUACGACGAGAAGUUUGGCAACCUUUCCGUCACCUAAGCGUGUGUCGAUCGAAACGUUCCAUCGCCCUCCCCUUUCGCUCAAUUACAAACAUGUUAGAGCCCUUCGAGCCAAUUUACACAUACAACUUCGCACUCUGAUUGUUGAAUGCCCAAGGCGAGGCAAACGGACAGGCAUCCACCAAGGCGCUUAUUGGAAGCACAGAGGGUUCGAUAGGACCCUCUCGCCAUUGGAUUUGGCUACUCUUCUGAGGGUACAACGCGUGGUAAGGAGUCUUGCCCGACGCUUGAUUUGAGCUCGAUGUACCAGUCAUUGCAUCAAAUGGUGAGCCUCCACUCAUUCAG